UCACAGAUAGAAGAGUCGAAUAGGCGGUGCCUAAGAAAUACAGGAGGCUAGAAAACUGCUGUUGACGCUGUAUCAAGUGCAUCACCUUCAGUUUCGUCGUGUUUCCUGACGGUUAUUCAUCAUGUCGUCCAGAAAAUUUUUCGUCGGAGGAAACUGGAAGAUGAACGGUGACAAGAAGAGUCUGGGUGAUCUCAUAACGACCCUAAACACAGCGAGUCUACACGAUGAAACCGAGGUGGUGUGUGGUGCUCCCAGCAUCUACCUAGAGUUUGCCCGCUCCAACCUGGAUGCCAGGAUCGGAGUGGCGGCACAGAACUGCUACAAAGUGGCGAAGGGAGCAUUUACCGGUGAGAUCAGCCCUGCCAUGAUUAAGGACAGCGGUGUUGAGUGGGUGAUUCUGGGCCACUCGGAGAGGCGUCACGUGUUCGGUGAGAACGACGAGCUGAUUGGUCAGAAAGUGGCGCACGCCCUGGAGAGCGACCUGGGGGUGAUCGCCUGCAUCGGGGAGAAGCUGGAGGAGCGCGAGGCCGGAACCACGGAGGAAGUGGUGUAUGCCCAGACCCAGGCCAUAGCAGAUAAUGUAAAGGACUGGAGCAAAGUUGUGCUGGCUUAUGAGCCUGUGUGGGCAAUCGGUACCGGAAAGACAGCCUCUCCUGAACAGGCCCAGGAGGUACAUGAGAAGCUGAGGGAGUGGAUGAGGACCAACGUCUCAGAAGCUGUGGCUGACUCAGUCCGCAUCAUCUACGGAGGCUCUGUGACUGGGGCGAACUGUAAUGAGCUGGGCUCACAAAAGGACGUGGAUGGCUUCCUGGUGGGCGGAGCCUCCCUCAAGCCAGAGUUUGUUGACAUCAUCAACGCACGUGCCUAGAGGGUUACAAAGGCAAUCUAACUUGCUGCUAUUAUUGUUCUGUGACUGUCCCUAUUCCCAGAAUGUCUGUGUGACAAUGGCUUACCUGUGUUUGUGUGUGUCAAUAAGGGACUGUUUGACCUCACUUUGUGUUGCACUGUUGUUGCUGGGCCUUCCACAGUAAAAGCCCCACACUGACAAUACAUGUCCGUCAAGAUCAUUUCUUAAUUGACACAAUGCCCUGUGUACUAUGGGUGGGACUUUUAUUAUGAAAAUGCCCUUUGGAUAUAAGUUCCCUAACUGUUAUAAACUAAAUUCAAUCAAAAAUAUAUAUUUCUGAUUUAAUGUGCUGAUGUACUACUGUAAAAGGACCAUUACAAGUCUCAUUGUCAAGAAGCAAAUGCUUGGUUUACCCCAUCCCAUUCUCUCCUAUUGUUUGAAUCACAUGUCGGUUACAUCUUUCAGUAAAUCUGUGUCAAGACAAACCCACAUGGCUAGACACUACUUGAAUAAAUGGUUUGGUCUGUGCUGUAAA